ACUUAUUAGAAGUGCGACUCGAUCAGUCGUGUAUGGAAACAGUCAAGUUGUAGCAGAGCGUCAUACGAUGGAAGGCCAUCCCUUCCCCUUCGGCCCACAAGCAACUGUCCGGCCAAGGCCAUCUCGUGGACCCAGAUGGAGCCAUGCUGGAUCCCGAGUCUUUUGACCAGGACAUGGCCUCGGCGGCCUACAUGUGGCCCGCUGAGCUCCAUAGCCAGUUCAGUACCCCUCAGUAUCCACUAGUUGUUGAUAGUGGAUUGUCGACAAGUCAACUUCCUCAGUUCGCAAGGUCCUCGCAGCCGGUUCUCUCAAAUAUCGACAGCUUACCCAACAUGUCACCACCGCUACAUAUCGAGGACCAGGUGGACUCGGUUGGCCAUUAUCCCCACGAGAAGGGCAGUACGAUUCCGGAUCCGUUGUCGUAUAGCGAACAUGGUCGGACUUUCCAGGCGUACAAGCAACACAAGUAUGACUUGCCAAAUGAUGCGGUCGAGCAGGAUCGAUUGGACCUGGGGCAUUCAUUAUGGCGCAUGGUGAUGAACGAUACUCUGCAUUGGGCUCCAGUUGACAAGCCAUCUCGAGUGCUCGAUAUUGGAACUGGAACAGGCAUCUGGGCGAUCGAAUUUGCCGAACUGAACCCCCAGGCCAAGGUCAUUGGCACUGAUCUCAGCCUGAUCCAGCCGGACAUGAAUGGGCAGCUCCCAAACCUCGAGUUUAUCCGGGAAGACGUCGAAGAAGAGUGGACGUUGGAAGGACCAUUCGACUUUGUGCACUUGCGGCUAAUGUUUACGUGUUUCAAUGACCACCGUUCUGUCAUGAGAAAGGCAUACGACUCCCUCAGGCCCGGUGGUUGGAUCGAGUACCAAGAUUCCGAGGUCGACUACGACUCGGACGACUACUCGCACCGGGGGACAGCGCUGCAUAAGUGGAAUUUCCUGAUCAAAGCUGGCGCUGCCGCUAGAGGGCGCGACAUCGAAGUCUCGCGGAAAUACAAGGAAUACCUCAUGCAGAUAGGCUUCGUCGACGUCGUCGAGAAGAAGAUCAAAGUUCCGGGCAAUCCGUGGCCUGCUGGUCGAAGACGGAAGGAAAUGGGGGAAAUUGCCGAAGUUAUAUCUACCGAGGCGGUACAGGCCAUGUCUCCGAAGAUGCUGGGGGACGAGGGAUUAGGCAUGUCGCCUGAUGCUGUUCAGCAGAUAGUGUCACUGGUUCAGGGCAACAUUCAUGAUCAAAAAAUUCAUAUUACUUGGCCGUUUUACGUUGUCUGUGGAAGGAAGCCGUUUCCAGAUGAGGUUGGACAACAUCCUGUAGUCAAUCGUGAAGACUAGAGCCGAGAACUAGGAGAAAUCACAUACCAACAUAUGUUUAGGAUAGCGAUGACAUUCGGUGAUGAUGAUAUCUUAUAAUGUCACGUCGCCCAUAAUAUACUCCAAACCGCACGUCCUUCUUCUUCAUAAACUGAAACUGGCCUCCAACCAUCCACCUUCCACUUCUCCCCGAAAGCCGGCGCCGCACACCCCUC